UAAAAGCACCCAACUCAAGAGCUAUAUAAACAUAUAUAGACCCAUUUCAAUAUAGGUCAUUAUACGAAGAAAACAAAAAUAAUGGAAGUGAAAGAAGAUAUAGUGAUUGUGGGAGCUGGGAUUGCUGGUCUAACGACCUCCUUAGGACUCCACAGGGAGGGGAUUAGAAGCUUGGUAUUGGAAGGUUCAGAUAGUUUGAGGACAACUGGGUUUGCUUUUACAACUUGGACUAAUGCUUGGAAGGCCUUAGAUGCGGUUGGUAUUGGUGACUCCCUUCGCCAACGACAUGAACGCUUUAAUGGGGUUUCUACCACUUCUACCAUUUCAGGAGUUCAGACUUCGGAGAUGUCGUUUAUGGCCAACGGAAAACAAGGAGACCACGAAGUUAGGUGUGUAGUAAGGAAAGUUCUAUUGGAAGCUCUUUCAAAGGAACUCCCAAGUGGCACUAUAAGAUUUUCCUCCAAGGUGGUUGCAAUUGAGGACUCAGGCUUCUCUAAGCUUCUUCAUCUUGCUGAUGGAACCAUUAUCAGGACCAAGGUGUUGAUUGGGUGUGAUGGAGUGAACUCAGUGGUGGGAAGAUGGUUGGGAUUGGGGAAGCUGUCUUUCACAGGAAGACGUGCCAUUAGGGGCUGUACUUUCCUUACCGAAAGCCAUGGAUUUGAGCCUAAGUUCAUGCAGUUCUUCGGUGAAGGUGUUCGAUCUGGUGUUCUUCCUUGUAAUGAUAACUCUGUCUAUUGGUUUUUCACUUGGACCCCCUCAGGACAAGAGAAAGUGAAAGAAGAUAAUCCAGCUGAAUUGAAGCAGUUUGUAAUGAGCAAGCUAGGGAAAAUGCCAGAGAAGGUAAAAGCUGUAAUAGAGAACACCACACUGGACUGCAUUUUGUCAUCCCCGUUGAAUUAUAGAAACCCUUUGAAGCUAUUAUGGGGAAAUAUCAGCGAAGGCAAUGCUUGUGUUGCCGGGGAUGCCCUCCACCCUAUGACUCCGGACAUCGGCCAAGGUGGCUGCUGUGCCUUGGAAGAUGGCAUUGUUUUGGCAAGGUGCCUUGCUGAGGCCUUGAUGAAAGAACCAAGCAAAAAAAGUGAAGGAGAAGAAGAGGAAGAGGAAUACUAUAGGAUUGAGGUGGGGUUGAAGAAGUAUGCCAAAGAGAGGAAAUGGAGAAGCUUUGACCUCAUAAGCACUUCUUACAUGGUUGGUUUUUUCCAGCAAAGUGAUGGAAAAUUGAUGACUUUCUUAAGAGACACAUGUUUGGCUAAAUUCUUAGCUGGUUUGCUGUUGAAGAAGGCUAGUUUUGAUUGUGGAAAACUCAAACUUUCUUGACUAUUAGUACCAUUACUAUACUACUACAUCAUGUAGUCUGAGGGGGCUUUCCUAUCUUUUCAAUUUCACAAUAAAGCAUGAUUGGUUUUUAAUCUAUGUAUUUAGUAUUCAGUAUUUAGGGAUUAGGACGAGUUAUUGGAGUUUUGGUUUUGGGUUUUUGGA